AUGUCUUCGCCACCCUCUUCAUCGCAGCAAACUGCCCGAGGCAGUUCUAACAUCUUCCGUGAUGUCUUUAAGCCACGCCGUUCCAUUGAGGAACAGCUCGGUUUGAGCAGCGGAGCUUACCGGCCGCGUCUGGCCCGUCUCAAAUACAGCUUGGACCCGCACAAUGUGCUGGUCUACGCUUGUCGGCUCCCGAAAGCGCCAAGGGAACAGAAGCUCAUCAUUCUUGUCACGGGUGAAAGCUGCGCCGGCAAAGACUAUUGCGCCGACAUCUGGGUCUCUGUGUUCGCCACAUACGCCCACAAAAGUCUCAGGGCACGUGCAGUCAGUAUUAUCAAUGCGAUCAAGCAAGAAUACGCAGCGGCUACCGGUGCCGACCUGAACUGCCUGCUUUGGGAUCGUGCCUACAAGGAGCAACACCGGCCAGCGUUGACACAUUUUUCCAGGACCAGGUACGACACCGACCUCAGCUGCCAGAGGAGCAUUUUCUAA